AUGAUUUCCUUCAAUUGGUUUUUAUUGAUAUUUUGUACUGUUGUAUAUUCUCAAAAAUGUUCCGAUUAUUAUACAUGUCAAUUAGAAUUAUAUGAUCGAACUCUAAAUAAUUCACGUCCAUCUAUACGUCCAAUAAAAAGUGAUUCAGAAAAAAUUAAUGUUCGUUUAGGAUUUUCAUUGAUUCGACUUGUUUCUGUAAAAGAAGAAGAUUCAUUAUUUACAAUUCGUGCACAUUUAAAUCAAACUUGGAAUGCUCCAAUACUCGGUUGGAAUUUAACAGCAUAUUCAAAUGUUCGACAUUUUCGUGUUCCUGCACAUUCCAUUUGGACACCAAAAAUAGAAUUAGUUAAUCCAAGUACAGUAAUCGAUACCGAAGCAAAUCAUUUUAUUAAUAUUAAUUCUGAUGGUCUUUGUGAAUUAUCUUAUUCAACUCUUCUUACAAUUCCAUGUAAUUUUGAUCUAAAUAGUUUUCCAUUUGAUCAACAAACAUGUACAUUCAAAAUGGGCUCAGCACUUUAUGAUAUAAAUGAAGUAGCAAUAACACAAGCUAUUGAUUUUGUGAUUGAUGAACCAGGUUUAAUGCCAAAUGGUUAUUAUUUUGGAUCACAUACAGUUGAACAAAAACCGACAUUUUUUGCUGGUUUUGCUAGAACUUAUGAUCAAAUAAUUAUGAAUUUUAUGAUUCAUCGACGUUCAACAUACUUUCUUCGACUAAUUAAUUGGCCAAGUUCAAUUCUUAUACUUUUAACAUUAACAAUUUUUCUUCUUCCACCAUCAGCAUCGGAGAGAAUUAUUUAUGGUAUAUUAAUACUUAUAUGUCAAUUUAUUUUAUUAACAAUUUUUGCUUUCUACGUUCCAAAACGACUUGGUUCAACAUGGCCAUGGAUGGGACGCACUAUUUUCUAUGAUAUAUGUUUAACUGCCAUGACAUUAGUAUUUUCAGUAUUCGUUCGAUUACUAUCCGAUGGAAAACAUUAUUCAUCAGAAAGACCGCCAGCUAGAAUACGUAGUUUUGUCUUUGGUUAUUUAACAAAAUUAAUUGGUUUCAAACGGUUAUCAUAUGCAACUUUAAUUGCAAACCGUGAAAAUGAAUAUGAUACAAAUGAUACAGCAACCAAUGAUUCUGUGAUGGAACCAUUAACAUCAGUUACAAAUAAUUCAACAACAGCCGAUUCUCGUAAUCAAUCAUCGAAUAUAAUAAGUCGUGAUGUUAGUUCAAUAAAACAAAAAUUGAAUCAAUUUUCUAAUGAACAUAAUAUUCAACAAGAAUGGAUUCUUCUUGCUCAUAUUUUCAAUCGUUUAUGUUUUAUCAUUUAUUUAUUUUUUUUCUCAUUUUCAAUUGGACAUCAUUUAUUUUAUACAUAA